AUGGCGGCAGGGUCAGGACAGUCGCCGAACAUGGAGACCUUCGAUGCGUAUUUCCGGCGCGCGGAUUUGGAUUCGGACGGCCGAAUAAGUGGGGCGGAAGCCGUGAACUUCUUUCAAGGGUCCAGCUUGCCUAAACACGUCUUGGCUCAGGUGCGAUAUUUUUUCCUCCUUUCUAUUUAGUGUCAGCCCUGUCAAUCCGAUCUUGGUUCAGAUAUGUAGAAGAUCGAAGCGAAUUGUUCUAGUGGGCGUAGAUUGAACAGUUGUCGAGAUUUUGGUUAAUAUUUAUCUGUUGAGUAACAUUUAUUCUUCCUGGAUCAUUUCGUCACUUCGAUAACGCGCUAGAAUACACUUUAGUGGGAAUGGGUAUACUAUCUGGGAUCUGAAAAUCGCGUAUGUUUCUAUUAUUACGAGAAAACAAGUAGUAUACCGAAUGAUAACUGGCUCCUGUGAAAUGCAUUGCCUGCUAUCAAGCUGUGCCUCAUUUUUUGGAGCAUCCUUAUAGAAUUGGGGUCAAAUCUCGGGACGUGUUUAAAGAUCCCUUUUAAUAGUUCGGUGACAAGUUGAAUCGCCACGUAAUUUUGUAGUUAUUUCCGUACAAAGGGAUUGUAUUCGAUGGGCCUCGCCUCACGACAAUUGAAGUGGUCUGGUCCCCGUAAGAAUGCCACUCAGAUCUCUCUAAAGGAAAAAUAUCCAAAGUUGUGGUGGUUAAUUUGACAGAUGUAACUUCGUUAUUUAUUUUGGAGAAGGUAGUUGGAAGAAAUGCUAUCUAGUUUUUUUCUGUAGAAUAGCAUUGUAUUUCUAACUUGUUCCCAAUUACAAGAAUGGCUAAGUCGGUGGGGGCCCAUCGUCCUUCUCUCACCAUAGUUUAUGAAAUUCGGUGUUGAGUAAUCCUUUGACCUAGCCUCAGAAGACCAUUCGUCUGUUGCCGAUAAUGGAUGUGUUUUUUCUGGGAUUCAAAAAUGAAUGUUGAGCUGAUGGAUCUGUCUCUGUGACUGAUGGGACAUGACCCUAUGCACACCAUCCAUUGGCGACCAAUUGAUGGAGCUUGUAUGGUUAUUCUGUUGUGGACUACUACAGAUAAUUCCUGUCAGAUAAUUAUGGAUCUUUUGCAUCUUGAUAUUCGUAUCUUUAUUCAAGUGAAGCUGCCUCAGAAGCACUGUUCAUUUUUAUUAUUUGAGUUGAUAUAUAUAUUUUUUCUGUUUUUUAACUUCGAUUAAUGUCCGACAUGAAUAUAGAUGCCUUCUUUCCUGAGUUAUUUUCAGUUUACGGUUUUUGUGCACUAUCUUGCUUUCUGUAAAUCUAGGAUUUUUUGACUUUCAAUGUUCAUCAUUAACCCAAAGUACUAUUUGUUAUUUUUCAUUUUUGUCCCAAACCUAUUACCUUUUGCUUUCUUUGUUCCCCUCAUCUCAUUUAUGUUGUACGCAGAUAUGGAUGUAUAGUGAUUCGAGGAAAUCAGGUUUUCUAAAUCGACAAGAGUUCUACAUGGCUCUUAAAUUGGUAACUGUCGCACAAAGGGGACGAGAACUGACUCCAGAAAUUGUUAAGGCAGCUUUAGGAAGUCCUGAUGCGGAUAGAAUCCCAGCCCCACAGAUAAAUAUUGUGGCCACUCCUGCUCCAGGGAAUCAGAUGGCCAUAUCAAGACCGCCAGUGCAUUCUAUGAUGGCACCCCAGGUUGGCAUCAUGGCAACAGCUCCAUCUCAAACUCCUGGCUUCAGCGGCCCUCAAGCACUUCCUAAUGCCAAUGUGAAUCAUCAAUUUUUUCCCCCUACGAAUGGUUCGAAUUUGAGGCCAAACCAAACAUUAGUUGGGCCAGGAAUCACUCGAGGGGGUGUGCUUGCAGCUCCACAGCAUCCACGCUCAAAUGCUCCAAAUUUAUCUACUGAUUGGCGCAAUGGGGGAAUGGGGGUAGCUUCACAGGUUCUCAGUGGCCCUGCUCCCUCUGUUAUGACGGACGGAUUUGGGCCAGCACAGCCUGGCUCAAGAACUUCAGUAAGUCAAGCAGUACAGGCACCAUCUGUGGUUUCCUCCGCUGUAUCAACAAAACCAGUAGAUCCUCAUUCAGCAUUUCAAGCAUUCACAAAGGAUUCCAAAGAGGUUGCUACAUCAGCGAAUGGUUUUUCUUCUGAUUCAAUUUUUGGAGGUGACAUAUUUUCUGCAACAUCUCAACUGAAAGGCACUUCCACAGCUGCUUUUGCUGCUAGCAGUGUUCCAAGCUCAGUUGGGAUUGCCCCUACAUCGUCUGCAGUGCAGACUUCAGUUAGACCGGUCCAAAAUGCUCUAGUGCAGAGUAGCUCUGUAGCCCUUGGGGGUAGUCACCUUCAGCAGACUGAGUCAUUGAAUAAGCAGAGUCAGACGGAAAUUACCCAAAGCAUUCUAGCAUCUACACAAUCUGUUCCAUCAGUAGGAGCUGUUGGUCCUGCAUCCAGGCCCUCUGAGCGUCCUUGGCCGAAAUUUUCUCAAUCCGAUAUUCUAAAAUACAGUAAAGUCUUUGUUGAAGUGGACAAGGACAGGGAUGGAAAGAUCAGUGGCGAAGAAGCACGCACAUUGUUCCUCAGUUGGAAGCUUCCAAGAGGUAGUUACUCCUUGUUCCUGUGAUAUCUAUUCCCUUCGUGAAGUGACUAUAAUUAGGAAGCUCUUCAGUGCCAUGUUUUUUUUGUAUGAGAUAUAUUAGAAAUAUUUUUUCAAGAUGUAUUUGGCUGAAUGUGCACUCUGGAAGAAUUCAUCUUUGCCAUCAUCAUCUUGGGAUAGUCAUCACCAUUUCUUCCUUAAUUAAUAUGGACAAAAAUCUCAGCUGUACUGUAUUUUUAGUUGUUACAAUUCAACUAUAUCUUUUUAAACUUUUCUUUGUGCUUUAUUCUCUUGAAUGUAGUGGCUCCUCUGGGGUUCAAUUUUCGACUUUGUUUAACUCAGUCUGUUCCUUUUUAAAAAGUUUAUUUAAUAUUGAUUAUCGCUAACCAUUUACCUGGUGAUACUCUUUGGGCAUGGCUAUGUUCCUAGUGUGAUGUCAUAAUUCUGAUGUUUGUGACUCGGUUUCAGAGGUCUUAAAGCAGGUGUGGGACUUAUCUGAUCAGGACAAUGAUAGCAUGCUUUCACAUAGAGAAUUUGUCACUGCUCUAUAUCUGAUGGAACGUUUUCGGGAAGGAUAUACUCUUCCAUCAGUGCUUCCCAGCAGUGUUAAAUUUGAUGAGACAUUGUUGCAAGCAACCAGCCAGCCUUCAAUAUCCUAUGGUGGUCCAGCUUGGCAGCCCAGACCAGGUAAUUCCCUAUAUUCAAUCCUAGCUGAAGGUUGUUGCAAGUUAAGGAUUGACAGUCCGAGCUUUAGGAUUAUCCUUUCUAGAACUCUGCAUCCUUUUUACCCUAAUACUUUUGGUUUUUCUUAAAGCGGGCUUUCCACAACCAAGGAUACCUGGGUCACAGCCUGUAAUUCCUGCCUCUGGAUUGAAGCCACACUCACAGGUGCGAGAACCCCAGAAGAUUGAUGGUCAAAAGCUGCCAGCUCCACAAAAGAAAAGUGUUCCAGUUCUUGAAAGGCACCUUGUUUAUCAACUCACUAAAGAAGAGCAAGAUGCCCUGAACUCCAAGUUUCAAGAGGCUACAGAUGCUGACAAGAAGGUUUUGACGAAGUUACUUUGUUUGUUUUCUCCAUCCAGUGGUCAUGAUUACUUUAUUAAUAAUGCUCAUAAAUAAUAAUCUCUUUUUGGUCUCCUCUUUGUGCUGUAAUAAAAAAGUCCGUGUAGAAGCAUGACUUACAUUGACGUUGCUGGACAUGGCUUUGUUGUGUUAGUCAUGGAUAAUUAAUAAUUAUUUAAUAUGGUGAACUACAACCUCCGGGGACAUUUCUGGGCAUGGCUUACCUGUGCUAGUCAUGAAUGAUUAAUAAACAUUUACUUUGGUCUCUAUGAUGUGAAUUUCAUUUAUGCCAAUUACAGAUGAAAUAAAGUGCGCCCAUUAUUCAGUAUGAAUGUUAAUAGUUUAGGCUUGGAAGCUCAUGAUCUUUUUUGUUCUCUAUAGUCAUUUGUUCCCUUUUCCUUAAUAUCAGCAUUGUUCUCUAGUUUUUUGGUCAAACUAGCUUAGCAUGUUUCCCCCAUUUUAGGAGGUAAUACUAACUUGUCUGGCUCAAGUAAUUCCAAUCUUACUCUAAGGAAAUGGUCUGGCAUAAGAAAGGGAUAUUUUCCAAUAGGCUUUAUACGGAUCUGCGUUGCAGCCCAACCACCUAGCAUCCUUAUCUUUAUCCAUCUCUAACUAGGCAGGUUCUAAGCGUUAAUUUCUUCUGAGUUUGUCUUUGGCUAUAAAUCUGGUAAAAACCUCGUAGUCGGGUAAAGAUGGCCUCUGAUUGAGCAGACACUUCAGUUUGAAACUUGGUGAGCUGAGGUCAUAAUGACAUUAGGCUUGGAUACAUUAGUUGCAUAAUGCACCUAAUAAGCAUUAAGUAAUGUAUACAUUUAUUCGAGGUUUUCUCUCAAACUCUAUCAUUCAUUCAUUCUCAAUGAGUACUUUCUUUGCUCUGCUUCUAUAUCAGUGUCGGUGUCGAACUAUGCUUUCUCUGUGCUCAUCCAUCAAAACAUACGCAAUCUUCUGACGGUAAACAAGGAGCUGUAACUCCUUGUUAUUGGGCUUGCAUGCUACUUAAACUGAUCUGCCCACAUAACCUAUCUUUAUUAGGUUACCCUCAUGUAGUCCUCAGCCUUUUCUACUGUCUAUUAGACCGGUAAGUAAUGCACGAGACUCACCAUGUGCAAGAAUUGUUCUGGCGUGCUUGUUAUGAGGAGAGGGCAUGCAGCUAUGUUACUUCGAGGAUCUGUUAUUGAUAGGACCAUCAGUGUGUGUUGGUGGGGGUCUUUAAAGAAGCAACAGGAUAGUAGGUUUGAAGGUGACUGGAGGCAAUGGUCUCUCCUACUCUGUUCUUUUUCUCCACAAUUCCCUGACUGUGGAAAUCACCAUAAAAGUCCCCAAAACGCAGAUUAUGAAUGUGAAUGCCAUGGAGUUUUGGAUUCAUGACGAGAGCAGACUGAAUUGGUUGAUCUUUAAUUUCUGACCAGUGAUCUCGUCCCAACUUUGAACAUACUCGCUAAUAUUUCAACUAUUUCCGUGUUCUGUCAAAAAACUCAGAUCCUUGACAUCUGAAGCAGGUUAAAGGUGCCAUUUGGUACCCUAUAGGGUUAUCUUACAGGGAUGUUCUUUGUUGAAACAUGAAUUGUGUGCCAUUUUUUGAUGGUGUGUGGGUAAUCUCUGACAUGAUUCACUUCCCUGGACGACUAUUAGUCUACUCAUGUGCCUGACUAGUGAUAUGGAAGAACCAUCAGCUCCUCUUGUCACCGAUGACCCAAAGGAUUACCCAAAGAAUCAGCCAUCAUUCCUGCCACACUUCAUGCUUCUUUCGUGUUCCACACGUGAGUGAUUAUCUCCCACCAAGUAAUUAAGCGACCUUGCCAGUACCUAUAAUUCUCCAGAUAUAAGAUUUAAGUGGCUUAUUUGGCUGAAUCACAAAUCUUCAUUUUUUCUUUAUUAAUUGCUGAAGCUUUGAUGAAUUCAUUAUACCUUUUUAUAUUAAUGAGCAAUGAAAUCUGUGAAAGCUUGAAGGGGAUUGCGGGCGUAUUCUGAUGAUUUAUUUAGUUUCCAUGUUGUGUCCUCUCAAUGUUCUGUCUCCUCAGGAAGCAAAAGCCUCUUGACUUGUUGGUGAUACUCAUUAAAAUUUGUGUGGCCUGUACCUUCGAUAAUUUAACAUAAAUUCUUCGUAAAGAUUUGAUUUAUGUCUAUUUUAGACAAAAGUUUGACACUAGUUUGGAACAAAACGGAGUUGGAAAACUGAAGCCCCUCUCUUUUUUCUGUUAGUUCUGCACGACUUUGGAAGUAAACACGAAAGUUAACCUUAUUAGAAGUUGACGGGAUUAACCAUGAAACCAUUCGUGCAGUCUUCAUUUUAGAGAUCAAUUCUGGUUGGCGCAGUUGGACAAUGUUUUUUACUGCUUCAAUAUCUUAUUUGAAUCGUUGUCUUUUAUGAGAUUAUUAAAUGGUUUAUUUUUCUAACGGAUGCUAUUGAUUUAAAGUCUUCCUAAUCUUUUCGCUGUUCCCCAAUGAAAGGUGCAAGAACUGGAGAAGGAAAUACUGGAUUCAAAGGAGAAGAUAGAGUUCUACCGUACGAAGAUGCAAGAGCUUGUGAGUUUGUGUUGUUAUGCAAAUGUUAUUUUAAUUUCAACGUACUGGGCACAUGACAGAUGAUGUUCCAAGUUAAGGGUUCAGCUCGCCGUAACGAAUUACAAAGUUAGUAACGUGAGUUAGAGGGUCACAUCCGAUUGAUCUAGACUGCUACUAAGAUUGUUGUGAAUACCUUUUGCAACAUUUCUGUCCUUCCGUGUUGAUAAUGUACCCCUUUCAGAAAAAAAAAAGAGCAGAUAGAGAUAUGAUAUGGUACAGAAGAAUACUGGCCAUUCAUAGCGUACAUAUAUCAAGUGGUCGAGUCUCAUGCAUGGAGUAAACAAUUGUAGAAAUAUCAUUGCCUUUCUGGCAUUUGGUGUGACCAACUUUGAAAAUUUUUGUUACUUCAAAGGAUUCCUUUGUUAAGCAAGGUUUUGUUAUGCUCAAAACGAAUUGCAGAAACUCAUGAGAUAGGUGUCGUCAUUACGCGGUCUCCAGAGAUAGAGCAGGAGAGAAAAUUGGUGUUUUUGUGUAACUGCAUUUGGUAAUCAAAUCUUGAAGGUGAAAAGUGAUGUCCAACCUUUGUAACUUUGGUUCUAUGUAUUGAGAACUUCGCUUGGUUCCAUGUAACUGACAUACACCGAGUGUGCAAACAUAGAAUAUUAUUGGUGAAACUUAAAUAAAAUUAUGAUUCAGGUCAUUCUGGAAGUGGCAUUUGCCCUUGGAACCUACUGGUGUGAAGAUAUUGUUGGUAUCAUUUUAUUGUUUUGCAUAUUUUCACGAAUUUGAUGUUCAAUCUAUGAUUUGCAUCUGCCUACUGUCAUAUAUCUAGAUCUACCAAAACAUAUUAAUUUGCGAAACUGAUGUUUUUUCUGCUUUUUCAUGGAAUUGAACCAUGUCAGCAGUAGUACAGACUGCCAAAGGCUUGCUUGUAUCUUUUUAAAUUAUCAAGUUACCGUAGUCUGUGUUGUUUCAUCCAGUCAAUUCGCAUUCUUUGAUCUGUGAAUCUCAGUCUUGUCCCCAAGUCAUACUGCAGUUGUCUGUGACAUGCUCAUUUCUAAAUGUGAAGCAUCGUUGAACGACAGUUUGAAUUUGUGUUCUAUAUUGUAUGACUUAAGGGGGAUUAAUGGUAGAAGAGAAAAAUGUAUGCCUUCAGAGAGGAAGAAUAGGUCAAUCUUGCUCGAAAUCUGAACGAUCAUGUAGUUAUACUGGGAACUCAGUGUCAUUUAGAAGUCAAGUUUUCAUAAUGUACAAACAUGGAGCGAUGUGGCAAUUCUGUUCAGGCGACCGUGGUCUUCUUACAUUGGUUCGCUAUAUACAAUGUCCUUGAUGUGGCAAUGCUAUGUAGCCACAUAUGUCCUCUUGUAGUGGGGAGAGAUUUUGGUGAAGUGGAACCGUCAGUACGAAGGAAUAUGAUACACAGUAGGAGUCGGCUGUAUUUGUCUAAAAGUCGGGCCUGCAGUCAGUCAUGAGUUUUGGCAUUUUUCUUCUGUGGGCGGUGGGUGUUAAACAUUCCUUAUGUCGGGUUUUGGCAGGAACCCUUCUCUUUAUGAAAUUUCACACCACUACUUGUGUGAAGCGUUUCUGUUGUUCAUGAAUUGGAAAUAAUGUUGGUAAACACUUCCAGUUUAGUUGUGCUUUAUAUUGUAGGAUGAGAGUUUCCUUUAUUUAUUGUCCAUUUUAUUUGCUUCUAAAUAACGUCGAAUUAAAAUUUAGGGUUAUGACACAGUAGUUUGUGGUCAUCACAUACUGAAGUACACCCACAUGUUGAUAUUUUUCCACCAAUGAUGAUGAUACGUGAUAGACAAAGCAGAAAAAACUGUCACCUCAACUUGCUUGGACGUGGCAGUUUAUGGUGUUUUUCGUUGCUACGCACUAAUCACUAUUUUAGCCACGGUUUCUCAAUGUUUUAUCCUAUUUCAGAAAUCACUUUCUAUAAUUCUAAAAUCUUGUGAUAAAUGUCUCACUCUUAUAAGAGGUAAAUGGUUGAAAUAUUUUUUACUUCUCAUAUUUCUAUUAGUUUCUCUAACCAGUCAUCCUUUUACUAGGUUCUAUAUAAAAGCAGAUGCGACAAUCGCUUGAAUGAGAUUACUGAAAAGGCAUCUGCUGAUAAACGUGAGGUACUGCUAUUCUUAAAUAGGAAUUGAUUUAUUGCCAUCUUUUGGUUUCUCUUUUCUCUCAUCCGUUGGAAAGUGUUAUUCUGCUAGUUUGGAAUUUGAUUUGAAAUUAUGGUAAUUCAAUUUUGUUUUAUCUUUUCUUAUUUUGGAUUAGGUUCUAUUUGUGGGUAUUAAAUUUUAGAAGGGGUCAUUUGGCAGGGUUGCCAAAGUUUGAGCCCAAUCCCACUAGUAAAAGUUUAGUCUGAGGCCUGCCCGAAUCAUUAGUGGUGCUAAGUCCAUUUUUUUUGGGUUUCUGCGCUAAGUUUUGACACCUUGAGUCCGAUUUAGAUAGAUUUCUUCAUUUUAGAUGCCCUUGGGCUCUUUCUUUGGGGCUAAAAAAUGUAAACUAGCUUGUGAAUUUAUAUAAUUAUGUAGAUGUUUCUAUUUAAUAGUAUGAACUAUUUAAGGGUUUCACAUACAGUUUAAGAUUACUCUUUACAUCUUUUCUGUGUCUAUUUUAACGUUUUUAUGAGAUUAGAGUUCAUCGUGUUCGCUUAAACCUCAUAGAGGAACCUGCUUAAUUCAGCUACACCAAUGAUGUUGUGUUUGGAUCACUUAGUCAUAGUGGAAAAAUCACCAUGUUAAUUUUUAGGUUGAUCUACUUGCAAAGAAGUAUGAAGAGAAGUACAAGAACGUUGGAGACGUGGCUUCAAAAUUGACUGUUGAAGAGGCAACAUUCCGUGAUGUCCAAGUACUAGCUCUAAGCUUUUGAAACAUCUCUUUUUACCUUAAAAUAAGAUGAAUGUUUCGGUAAUGCCUUAUUCCUGGGAACCUUGGUUGCCUCAUAUUUGACUAUGCAGGAAAGAAAAUUGGAAUUGUAUAAUGCAAUUAUCAGAAUGGAGGAAGGUGGAAGUGCUGAUGGGUUGCUUCAGGUAUAGGGUAGUUUUUCUGGUGUCGUUUUGCUACAUUAAAAUCACCUAUUCUAUGCAGUUUAUCUGCUGAAAUUAAACUUGAAAUUAUGCCUCUUCAGGUUCGUGCUGAACACAUACAAUCUGAUCUCGAUGAACUCGUGAAAUCUUUAAAUGAACGUUGCAAGAAAUAUGGAUUACGUGUGAAACCAACUUCGCUCCUUGAGCUUCCAUUUGGUACGUCAAACGAUUUUUUUCUAUUCGAUGUUUUUCACUUUUGCAUACCGUACCAAGGAUUUAUUAACGAGAAAAAAUGUGGUUUGUUGCAUGUUAACGCACUUUGUCCGGCACUGUUGUUGCAUGAUGUGAAACAGGAAUGCCAUUGAACUUAAAUGAGAGUCUAAUGGAUUUUCUAACACAAUGGCCUUCAUGUGUGCCUAAGGUUAAAGGCAUUCAUCACGCAUGAUAUGACAGAAUAAUAACCCUUUUAACGUGCAAAAAAUGAAUGAGGUGAAAUAUUUCAGUGUUGUUAACAAAAUGUGACAUUGUGAUAGUUAUUGUCAACGCAUUGGCUAAGCGGCACAAAUCUAGGUUGAAAUUAAUAUACAGUGAGCUUACGUACAUUUCAAUGCCUGUCUAUGGAUAACGACAGAAGUUGGCAAAGGGACGUUGUAAUUAAUAUUUAAUGGAAUAUUCUGGAUUAUAUUUGUAAAUGAGUUUUGUUACCAUCAGAGACUGUGUUUAAAUAUGGUCUGAGAUAGCGAAAGUGUACCCUAAAAGGGGCAAAGGGAUCGAAACAUGGACUCUUCUGUUACUCUUCACCCUCUGAUAUCUGCAUUUUUGCAUCUCCGAUUCUCUUUGUCGUCCUAUUGGCUUUCCCCAAUGUUAUGGACACUGUUUGAGUUAUUUUCUUUAUUUACGUUCUUUUAGGAUGGCAACCUCGUAUACAAGAAGGUGCUGCUGAUUGGGAUGAAGACUGGGAUAAAUAUGAAGAUGAGGGUAAGACACUGUAGUCGGUAUUUUUUCAAUGCAAUUGGUCUUCUCCUUUCGUUGAAAUAUCAUGUUUUCUUCCCUCUGGAUUACUCGACACACAUGCGCUAAAUGACUCAUGAAAAAACCGUCUACUCAUUUCAUUGUUAGCAACACACGAACUUUUUAUCCUAGGUAUCUAGUUCAUUGCACUUGUCUAUGCAGUAGUGCCACUUCAAACUAUUGUUAGGUUUUCGUCCAAUGAAAGAUUCGCAUAUUCUUGGAAUACGAGAAGAACAUUCAGGGUAAAGUUAUCCCAGUCGCCAGUGGGGAAAAUACUGUCUCUCUCCCCAAGAAUCAGUAAAAAAGAAUAAGAUUUGUUCUGGUAGCGAGUAGAUGCGUUCCAAUCAUGAUUCUGAGACAGUGACCUUGCUGUAUGUAGUGUGUGGUUCCUUUGCAUUGUGAGUGGUUUACAUUUGCUUUCAUUCUCUGUUUCACAUUUGCUUUGCAUUCUCUGCUUUACAUUGUUUAAGUGCUACUGGUCAUAUAAAUGGAACAAGCAUUCUACGUUUAUGCUUCCAAUGCAAAAUUUAAUUUUUAGGUUCCCUUUUCUUUAAGUGAAAAUGAGACCAACAAUUGUAUUUGAAUUCUAGGUUUAGUCCGGACGUUUACAUUGAUUACUCUUCCCACUGAGACAUCUUUGUCCGUCCAUCCAUUAUUACUACAGAAUAAUCUGCAUAUUUAGAGAGGGAAAUGUUCACUAGCUUUUCGAACGGAUUUAGGAUGUGGAGAGGCAUUGAGAUAUUGUAUUAACAUGUAGUUAAGUUCUGUUUUCUCAUGGCUUGCUGUUUAAUUGCUUUGUAAGUUUGCAUUCUCUCAUUCACACGUAGAGGGCGAAUUAAACCUUGCUGGGAUUGAGAACUUUGAAGAUUAUGCUUUAAAGGAAAGUAGAAUAUAUCACUAAUCAGCGUAUUGGCCGUGCCAGGUAAUUCACGCCAUCUAAUAAAACCAUUGUGUGGCCUGGUUUUACCCGAAACUGACCUCCUGAGAGGUCUGGUGGAUUGCAUUCUUACCCUCAACCCAUUCAGCAAUUGCUAGCCAGUAAUGUGCCCUGGCUUUUUGGGAUGCUGUACCGGAAGGUUUAGCUCUACUUGGUUUCGAAUUUUGGCCGACGAAGUUGCAGCGAAAAAGAGAGAAGAACAACCCCACCAUCGAAAAUCAAAGCAGCAUUUGAUAUGACGUCGUUACUGAGAAAGUCUGCUGAUGAUGUAGUUUAGUUGGAAAUUAAUAGUACAUUUAUAGAUUGGAAUAUAUAUGUAGGAAUGUAUUUCAAUUUUACCGGUGGAUUGUCAAUUUGUUUUCUCUUCUCAUGGUUGCCUAAUCUGGAUGUAUCUCUUCUCAUUUGCAAUCCACUUUGUGUUCGAUAAACCCUGACGAUCAUUGGAAUUUCUCUUUUUAAUUUUUCACUUGCUUUAUUUUUGCGGUUAAGUUUUGAGAUCCAUUGUUGAACUAUUGGUAGCAUGAUUAUCUAUCGUAGGUGAGUAAACAUGGAUACCUAUUAAGUAUACGAUCUUGCACUGACUGUGUUCAUCAACGGCCAGGUUUUGCACUUGUGAAGGAACUCACUGUAGAUGUGAAGAAUAUCAUUGCUGCUCCAAAAAUAAAGUCCCCCCCCCUUGUGAAUGACGAAGCCAAGAAGGAUGAGAUUUCUUCCCCUGUUUCUUCUGUGAAUGGUGAAAAGAAGUUGAAGAGUAGUAGGGGUGAGGGCAUAGUUGAUAGUGAAACAACUUACGCUCAGAGUGAAGAUGGUUCAGUGAGAAGCCCUUCUGAUAGUCCUGCUGGGAGAAGUUCAUUGGAGAGUGCAUCUCAACUUUUUCAUUCGCCACGGUUUAGUCAAAAUGGAUACUCUCCCCGGCUUAAAGAAGGCCAGAGGUAUUUUAUGUGCUCAUAUUUUUCUUUCUUCAUUGCCAAAUCAGAUUGCUUUUUAAGUCUCAUCCUUUUCACUAAUGUCGUAUAUUUUGUAGUCUUUUUCUUGGAUAGCAUGAUGCAUUCAUCAAUCAUGCUAUCCAAGAUGUAGGUGAAGAGAUGGACUACGAAUUGAACUUGAUUUUUCAUUCUUUUUUAACAUGGUAUCAUAGGUUAAGGGUAGAUUUUUCUUGGGUCUCUCUCUCUCUCUCUCUCUCAAUUCCCCUCACUUUCUUUCGCAGUACAUAUGUAUAUAUACGCCGAUGGACUCUAGUGAUACUUGUCCUAAGAUGUUAAUUUUCUCUCUCUAAAGUGUGUUACAUCUGCAGUGAUCAUGGUGGUGCUGAUUCGACGCUUUCUGGGGAGAAGUUCGGUGAUGAAAUGUUGUGGGGUUCAACUUUUGACACUGCUGACGAUGCUGAUUCAGUAUGGGAUUUCAACACCAAGGUAAAGGAGUCCUACACAUCACUUCGACAAUCUUAUUGAUUCUUCUCUUCCUGUUGCCCAGAUCCUUUCACCUCACCGACCUGCAGUCCCCCUCGGUUCAGUUUUGUUAGUACUCACGAACAGGGUGCACAACGCGUCAAAAUCUCUUGCAGGAUUCUUUUCAGGAGAGAAACAAGCAGAACUCCUUCUUUGACUCUGGAGACUUUGGCCUGAACCCAAUCAGAACGGACUCUCCGAGUGCCAGCAGCGUCUUCGGGAAGGAGAAAAGCCCGUUCUUCGCAGAUUCGGUUCCAGGGACCCCACAGUACUACUCCGGCUUCUCGCCGCGAUUCAGCGAAGGGCCCGACGACCACUCCUUCGACACUUUCAGCCGGUUUGAUUCUUUCAGCAUGCAAGAUACCGGGCUCUUCCAGCCGCGCGAGAACAUUGCCAGGUUUGACUCCAUCCGAAGCACUUCAGAUCAGAGUCGAGCAUUCUCAUUCGAUGACCCAGAUCCUUUCGGCUCAACCGGGCCGUUCAAGUCUUCUGAGACCCCACGGCGGGCCUCUGACCACUGGAGCGCCUUCUAG